CCCCCGCCCUGCGAGGGGCGAACCCGCGCUCCCGCACCGCCCCCGGCGGGACCGUCCGUGCGGGGGGCGCGGAGCCGCCGUUGCCCGGCAGCGGCAGCCGCGGUUCCCCGGCCGAGCCGCGAUGAGAGCCACCGACUGGUGCCGGAGCUCGGCCGGGGCCGCGCUCGUUCUGGCCACCUCCAGCGACGCCGAGCACCCCGCCGAGAGCGUGGCGGACGGGAAUUCUGAAACGUUUUGGACGACGACAGGCAUGUUCCCACAGGAAUUCAUUAUUGGUUUUCCCAAAUGUGUGAAAAUCAGCAAAGUCGCAAUCCAGUGUUAUUUGGUGCGGACCUUAAGGAUUGAAAGAAGUGUAUCUAAAGACCCUGUGGGUUUUGAACCGUGCAUUGAAAAAGAUUUGCAACACACAGAAGGACAGCUCCAAAUGGAAGAAUUUCCACUUCCUGAAUUCCAGGCCACUUACUUGCGUUUCAUCAUCAAAUCUGCCUUUGAUCAUUUUGUGUCAGUGCACCGGGUGAUGGCAGAGGGCACAGCAGAAAAUGCUUAAGUCCAGCUUAAAUUUGGACCUCCAUUCUUUUGUACUGAAGUGACAUCUUGAUAGCUGUAUUGCAGAGAAUGUUUAUUAUUAGAACCUUGUAUUAAAGUGUUUUUUUGAAGGUAUGGAUGUAGUAUGUAUUCCCUGCUGGUGUCAUGUAUGGAAUAGGAUAGAAUAAAACCAUUUAGGUUGAAAAAGACUGUUAAGAUCGAGUCCAACCACAAUGCCAUGCUCUUGUUAAUUGUAAUAACAGCUUUCUUAUUUUAUAACCUAAACUGUCAGUUUAGAACACUUGAGCAUACCUGAGUCCAUUUAAAUUAGUAUAUUUAUAUCAGGCUUUCCUAAUAUAUAUGAAUUAAAACUCAAUUUCCUGUAAAAUGUUUCCCUUACACUAUGAAUAGAAAAGAAAGCAUUAAGUACUUAAAUGGGAGGUACUACUUCCUAUUGUGUAGCAAAUCCUUCAAAAGUCCAUGAACUGGUAACUUUCUCAUCAGCUCAAGGAUGAAUAUAAACUGCUAAUGCUGAGAAAUAACUGGGGGGGGGAGAGGGGCAGGGUGGGGAAGGAAAUAAUGUGAAGACAUAUGAAGUGCUCUGAUAGACUUUUAAUAAUUGUAGAUCAAUCCCUUGUUUCUAUAAAUAUUUUCUAGAAUCAGGUCACAGCUGUCAGUGCUUUAUGCUGUGGCCGCCAUAACAAAUAUUCAUGGAAACAAGUGGAGAUGGAGAUUGCCUUGCUCAGAAGCCUCCUGAAGUCAGUAAAAGUGUGUGUUUAGGAAGAGUUGUAUGUAUACAGGAGAAAGAGAACCUUAGUAAUGUUGAAUCAGUUGCUUUGCAUGCCAGAAGACUCUUGCAGGAGUCAGCACCCCUGAAGUUCAUCCUGCAGGAUAGUCCUUACACAUGUAAAUGUUGGUUUCCAGUCCUUACAAAUAUAAGUGUUGGUAUGAGAGCUCAAUGGACCCAGCUACCACAUUACUGCUUGUGGUAUAAGUGGAGUAAGAUACUACAGAGCAGUAGUUGGGGUUGUAAUGAUGACACUUGAAAGCCUCUGGACAAACACAUAAUGAACCCCAUUACGGAUGCUCUUUAGAUGUACAUAAAAUAUUCCUUUUCUUGUUGUCUCUUGUUAUUUUUAAAUUCUUUUUUUUCUUUACAGUUAUGUCUGUGAGAAAUUGUUCUUGAGCUUCUUUAUCCAGUCUUUACUCUGAAUCCUCUUCUUUUUCUAUUUCAGCUUUUCCAGGAUGGCACGUAUUUCCUGGGGGUGGUAAUUCCAAGGCCCAAAUCCUCCCUGCAAAGGCAAUAAAGUGACACAGUGAUAUUCAAGCAGGCAGAGCAGAAGUCCUUUGGAGCACAGCAGCUGCACCAGAACUGUGGGCAGGUGUGCCUGGGCUCCCUUUGCACUGCAGCCAUCGCUGGGAGAUGGUGUAUGCACAGGUUGCACCCUGCUGUGUCACUGGGACGGUGCCAAUGUCUGCAUCCUGGAGCUGGAAAGUGUUCCUGGAUCUCACAGCUUAGAUGUACCUAGGGUUACUAGUGACCCAAAAGAUAAAUAUUUGAGCAAGACUGAGGUGUACAUCAAAUAUGUACAUUUUAAAGGCCCAGGCUGGUUUUGAUGGAUCUUUAUUUCUCUCCAUAGUUACAGUGAAUCGUGAAAUUUUUAGCUCUCAAACUGAAUUAAAUAAAUGUCAGGCGGUCUCAAA